UUCGUGCGCUGCCGGCACAUGCGUGCGGGAGAGCAGGGAUCGCCUUGCCUCCGUUUUUUCUCGGCGACGGCUGCUCCGUAGUUCUCCCGGCCGGCGCUCCGUUUUUCAGGCUGAAGCCGGCUGCUCCUCCUGCUACACGCUUUCGCGCGGAGUGCGCUGAUUGUACGACGUUCCGGGUGACGUCGGUCGCGCUCCUAUUAUCGUGCACGGGAUGAUUCGUUCCGUCAACUGCUGCCAUUAAAGCGAAGAACGUCAACGGCAUUCGGAUAAAAGGGCGCCUCCUUUGAUUCCCCGGUGGAUUGCGACGGACAUGAGAUGGAUAUCGGUGGCUUGUGAACCGUGGUGCGUCGUCAUCCCCCAGUGACACUGUCCGUGGUGUUUGGAAUACGGGCGUCGAGUGCCUGUUGUUGGCGGUGACCCUAUAGCGGUGGCAGCAUGGCCGUGACAACGGUGUCUUAGAAAGAGGAUCGGAUUUCGUCGGAGCACGGCACCGCACUCGGCGUUGGAUUGCGCUCCGUCGACAGCAGCAACAGCAGCACCACCGGUGGCGUGUCGGCGGCGGCGAUGAGCUCCCGGUCAUGGCGGCAGCUGCCUUGGACCGUGGGCAUCAACCUGGUGGCGUUCGGUGCGCAUCUGUGCGCCUGCGGAUGCUUCGUCUACCUCCCGCCCAUGCUGCGAAAGGCCGGGUUCUCGGAAAAGUCCCGCGGAGUGAUCCUGGGUCUGGGUCCAAUCCUAUGCAUCCUGGGAGUGCCGCUGGUCGGGGCCUGGAGCGACCGGUGUCGCUCGCCGCUCGGACGUCGGCGCCCUUUCCUGCUAGGCCUCGGGGCGCUGCUGGCUCUGGCACUGGCGGCCAUCGCGUUCGUCGACCUCAUCCCUGCUUCGGCUGCCCAUGGGCACGUGCUGGCGGCGGCCACCGUUGUCCUUGACUUCGCCACCCAGGCGCUGCUGAACCCGACCCAGUCGCUGCUGUACGACCUAGUGGCGGAUGUGGACUACGGAUUCUCGGUGUACUCGUUCACGCUAUCUCUUGGUGGACUGUUUGGCUACCUGCUGAGCGCGCUUGACUGGACCGGUACGGUUCUGGGGAACGCAGGACAGGAGCGUGCCGUGUUUCUACUCAUGCUGGUCGCCCUCACCACGUGCCUGGCGGUGACGUUUGUGCUGGCCAAGGAAAAGCCGUUGCCACCUGUCAAAGCCACGGGAGCCGUGGCCAAUGGCGACGCAGUACGUCCGCCGCCUCCAUGCGCGCUCGUGAUCCUCGACAAGGCCCCUCAAGGAGGUGUUGCCGGUAGCUGUCUACCGGUGGUCUGCAACGGCAAUGGCGCCACCGUUGGUGAACCGGGUACGCCGUCGCACAAUCACAGCCCACUGAACGGCGCCGGCGUGUUCAUAACCUGGCACCACGUGGGCAGCAGCAAGGUCAAGGCCAGUCCGGCCAAGGUUCUGCGUGCGCUGUCAUCGGCGCUGCUGGUGCUCGUGUGCGAAGCCUUCUGUCACGUGUUCGUUGUGAUUCCGGCACGCGCCGCGCACUAUCUCCUCCGCAUCCCGAGCAGCCUGCGGCGACUCUUCCUCUUCCAGCUCCUUUCCUGGAUGGCCCUGUUUGCGCACUACAUCUACUUCACAGACUUCACGGGUGAGGUGGUAUAUCAUGGAAGGCCCGAAGAGACUGCCAGUAAUGACGACCGCUCGCGAUACGACCGUGGCGUUCGAGCUGGCUCAUGGGGACUACUAGUCAACUGCAUUGCCUCGUCCGUGUACUCGCUGACCAUCCAGUGGCGGGUGACGACCCGUUUCGGCCAGCGCUUCGGUCUUUUGCUGGGCAUGGGCACGUUCGCCAUCGCCAUGGGUGGCCUGCUCGUCUUCACCGACUUGGCCAGCAUGAUUUCCCUGUCGGCCUUGACGGGUAUCGCAGCCGCCGCCCUCGACUCCAUUCCCUACGCUCUUGCGUGCCUCUACUGUGAGAACAGCCAGGAGUACUUCAAGGGAUCUCGGUACACGCCCGGCGUGGGUCAGUGCCUGGCACUGCUGGCCACCGCCGAGUACCUGUCCCAAGUGAUUCUCACCUUCCUCAUGGGCUACAUCUUCUCGGCGACGCACACUGUAGCGUCGUACGUCGCGGUUGCCGUGGUCUGUGCCCUCGCAUCGUGCUACGCGUCCACGUUCGUCGUGUGUCCUUCGCCCAAAGACACUUCGUGACGCCACGAGCAAUGUGUUGUUGCUGGAAGAGUAGAAACCUGGCCCGUCGCGCAGCCAGCGGCUCUUUCCAUUGGCAACGACAGCGGCGUCGCACAACGAACAGCCCAGUGCGGUGACUCUUUCUGUUGACCACCGGCUGGUCUGCACCAGCAGAGGGCGAAUCAAGGCACGCGUCGCUUUCUUGGUGCGCUUCGUGUUGUGGCCGCGUGUGCGUUCCCGUAACCGUCCAGUGGCAAUGCCUUUAUGGCCAUCCACUCCAGACCGCGCACUGGCUUGCGCCACGCCUUCUGGAGUUAGUAUGGUAUGCGACAUGUAGUUUAGCGUAUUGACCCAACGAAUAUGCUCAGAAACCAACUACAAUAUUCCCAACAAUGCUCAAUGUAUGGAUGUCUGUAUGGAUGCUGUAGUAGAAUACGCAGAGUUGUGGCAGUUUUGCUGGGACCUGUUAUAUGAUGGUAGUUCCUGACACUAUGCACACUGCCUCAACUUUGAGUUAAAAUGGGAAACGUAACCAGAUAAGCAUGCAGGGCUAAAUAAAGAACGGGGUGACAUCGCGGCAAGCGCUUCCUGCUGAGUUCAGUGUAUUGUUCUGUGUGUAUUGAAGCGACACGGAAACUUUUAGUUGGUGCGAUAUGAAUUCGCUGUCAGCCACGCGGCUUGGUGAACGUCAGAUUACUGCUUCCGGUUAGUUCUUAAGCGACAAGUGCCUCCAAGUGCUAGCUUCUGGCCGCAUGAUUGUUGCUGAUUGGUUUGUGUAAUAAUGUUGAUGUCGGCAGUGAAUUUUGAAAAUGGUGCUUGAGAACUUGUUGACUGGGUGGGAGUGUCCAAAACUUCCUGAAAUCUAGCCUUGGCGACGCGCAGAGUAUGUCCCAUGUUCUGUGCACUAUACUUGAUAGCAAUUGCGUUGCGUUCUUAGAUAUAUUUACUACCGAGUUGCAUUUUAUGAACCUUUUGAAGCACGUUGCGCCAGAUAAGUAGAUGAUCAACGGUGAAUGCUUUGUCCUGUGUUGGAAAUACCUACCUGAGAAUAAGCCCAAGCAAAUGGGCUGUGAACGGAUAGCGCUCUAUUUUUUGAAUACCACUAGAAAGCCGUGCACAGUUCCGUAACUCGCUGCUCCCACGAGGAUGAGUGCUUGAAGCAUUGAACAGGCUUCAAGCAAAGAGGUGUCUGUGAUAUGCGCCGCAAGCUAGCAACCCUGCUGGCCUCUUCUGCAUGACAUUAUUUUUUUGUUUGUGAUUUUUGCCGAAGAGUGCCUUUUAGCAGGUGGUUGCUCAAUGUUAUUUUUAUUUUAAUGUUUUUGCUGAAAUAUUUCAUAAGUAUUUAUGCACAUCAUCUCAAGUGCGCAACUGUAUUCCUCGGUAGACUCAAAUAAAAACAGCGCCUUUACUGGCGUAGACGACGACAGCAUGAGUGAUUUU